UCACUAGUAUAUUGUCCAUUAUUAUUUCCUUGUAGAGUGCUAAGUAGUAACAGUGCAGCGCCCAAACUGGUGACAACUUCGCGGCACGACGUAAGUAGUAUUUCAUACCUAGCAAGCCUCACGUACAAUGGAGAACCUCCAACUUUCACCGCCACAUCAUCACAUGAUCCAUAAUCUGAUGCACAUCAAAUCUCAGGAACCCAAAACUUACCGACACACUUUCAUCGCACGUACCGAAAAGAUACCCUAACGAAUAAACACCUAUCAAAAGUAUACAAACCAUGACAACCCCAACCAACCUCAUCGUCGUCUGCUGCCACGGCAUCUGGACCGGCGGCCCCACCAACGGCCGCGCCGAGUCCGAGUGGCUCAUCGCCGACUUCCAGACCGGCGAAACCCCGACCUUUGUCGAGCACAUCAAGGCUGGGCUGAAGGCGCUGCGAGACGAGUACCCGGCUUCUGCGCUCGUGUUUUCGGGAGGUCCAACACGCAAAGAAACACCCCUCUCCGAAGCAGAAUCCUACGCCAACCUCGCCGCCGCAAACGCCUACUUUGGCAUCCUCCCUCCUCCCUCGUCUUCCUCUCCUACUUAUCCCUCCCCCUCCUCCUCCUCAUCAUCCCCUCCCAUAACCUCCCUCAUACACACAGACACCCUCGCCCUAGACUCCUACCACAACAUCCUCCACUCUCUCCUCCUCUUCCGCCGCCUCUACGCAACCUACCCUCGGACCCUAACAAUAGUGAGCCACGCCUUCAAGAAGCCUCGCAUCGCCGACGGGCACUGCGCCGCUAUAGGGUUCCCCUUGGAUCAGGUUCGGUAUGUCGGGAUCGAUCCGCCGGGGAUGAAGGGGGCUGGUGCUGCCUCCAUGACCACCAUGAUCCGGAAGAAAGAUGAGGAUGAGGACGGCGGUGGUGACGAUUCCAAAGCAGGAGCCAUCGCGGGCGUGAAGCACGCCGCGGACGAGUGGGCGGUUGACCCGCACGGCGUGGGCCCGAGUCUAGCGGGAAAGAGGAGGGCGAGGAACCCAUGGGGUCUAGCAGACACUCUGUUUGCGAGCGAGGAGGAGAGGAUACAGAGUGGUCUCGUUACGAGAUUCGUAGACGGGCACGAGGCGCUUGUGGAAGACACAAAGAGACCGUGGGCUUGAAAGCUAUGUAGGUAUACACACAA